AAAUGCGAUUCUUAAAACUCUAAGAAGAAACAAAUAAUCCUACGCUAAAAUGAAUAAAAAAGAAUGGAAACUGUAGGUGCGAGAAAACUUUAUGAGAAAAUGUAAGAGAACUUCAAAGACGAUGAGGAGUGGGAAGAAAUAGAAAGUGAGAGACGGAAUCGAGAGAAAGAAAGGAGAGAAAAUAAUAAAAUAGGAAGAGUUGACACCGCUACGAGAAACACGUUGCCCGCAGAAAUUCCAUUCCCGUGUGAUUCGCUUCCAGAGAAUCGCGAUCGCCCCCACUCUAUCAACCUCGGAACUUUACGAUAGCAGGGGUUCCAGCGGAGCGCAGUGGAACAUGGGCGUGUUCUAAUAGGCGGAGCUUCGUUCUCGUUUCAGAAGUCUUCGUCUUGAAAAGCGUCAUUUCUGUGCCACCUAGUGCCACGAACAACCCCGAGUCGAGUCACGCAACACGAAUCCCCUCCACGUUGCAGCGUCCCGUACACAUGCUCAAAUCGUAUACAUAUAUGGAACGAGCGAAUGCAUCGGAGUAGAAGCUGUGCAAAGAAACCGAGCGAACGUGUGUGUGUGAACGAGCGACGUGUGGAAGGGGCAGAAUCGAGGAUGCCAGUCUUUCCCGGGCCACGGAUCGGGACAGGAUAUAUUUCGUGUGAUUCUAUUCGAUCUUUCAGUUGAUCGACAAUAAAAUCUUUUCUUUUGCCUUUUGUGAUUGUUUUUGAUUUUUCUCAAUUUCUCAAAUUUAUUUUCGAAAGAGUUGAAUCGUUGAAGCGCGAGUUUCAGUUUUACAAUUAUGCUUCGAGUGAUGUGAAUAUUUCGGACUUCGUGUAUGGAGGGUAUAAUAUUGUAGCACGUGUAUUUGUUUUUAAGAAACUUUUUUUUUUUUUUGAUUGUUCGAUGAUUAUGGAAUCGGAAAGAGGAAGUUUAUGAGAUUCAAAAAAUUUCUGGAACGAAGGAAGAUGAAGACCGAGAUCGAAACAGAGACAGAGUGUACGGACGGCAUCCUUUGUUCAAAUAACAACAACGUCAACACAAACAAUAAUAAUGUGAAUAUUAAGAAGUCCGGUACCAAUAUCACGAGUAACGACAGCCACGAUGGAAUGGAAAUGGAUUGUGGUGGUUGCGGGGAAAGCGUACGCGAGCGCACUGUCCUCUGUGUAGGGGGUCGUACCUGGCAUUCCAGAUGUCUGAAAUGUUGCGCCUGUGCUAGGCCACUGCACGAUCAGCACUCCUGUUUCCUUCGAGGGAUGCGGCUUUAUUGCAGACACGACUACGCCUUAACGUUCGGUGCUAAAUGCGCGAAAUGUGGUCGAAGUGUGGGCGCUGGCGACUGGGUGAGGAGGGCCAGGGAAAGGGUGUAUCAUUUGGCGUGUUUCGCUUGCGACGCGUGUUCCCGUCAACUCUCCACCGGAGAGCAGUUCGCCCUCCUCGACGCCAGAUUGCUCUGCAAGGCUCAUUAUCUCGACGUGGUGGAGGGAAACAAUACCUCGUCGUCGGAGGAUUGCGACUCUGAACACGGUGGGAAAGGUAGCAAGACGAAGAGGGUCAGGACGACUUUUACGGAGGAGCAGCUAUCGGUUUUGCAAGCGAACUUUCAGUUAGACAGUAAUCCUGAUGGCCAAGAUCUCGAGAGAAUAGCGCAUGUCACGGGGUUGAGCAAACGCGUGACGCAAGUAUGGUUUCAGAACUCGAGAGCCAGGCAGAAGAAGCACAGUGGGAAGAUCAAGACCCAAAUGCACCAUUCACCACCAAUGCAACAUCAUCCAGUGGAAUUAUACCCAACCAGCGUGAACAUGGUAGGCGCCUAUUUAGGAGGAUAUCAGGGUGGUAGCGCAGGAAGUGAAAGUCCUGGCAGUCCAUUGACACCUCUCACCCCUCUGACACCUCUAACCCCAACAACGCCCAAUCACCUUCAAGCUCAGUUCUGUCAUCAAACAGGGUAAAAGUUCGUCCAAGAAUUGAAACCGAUGAUUAAAUUCAAAUUUUUCAAGUUUCAAAGAUAUUUCUGAUUUUUUUUUUUUUAAGAUAAAAAGUUUCCGAUUAAAAUCUUUUAAAACAUUGAUCUCGUAAAAUUCAGAGAACAAAAAGAAAAAAUAGUAAUAAAAUUCGUGGAUUUCAAAGAGGAUAAUUUGAUUUAUAAUUAGUG